AUGCCCCUAGCCGGCCCCGCUAACAAACAGCCACCUUGCCUGCCCACUGCCUCUGGCACUUUCCAGCCCUCUGGAGUCAGUGGCUGCAGCAGCAGGGCCCCGGGCUUUGCACUCGCCUUCCUCACCGGGCCACUGGCGGUGUGCGGGGACACAGAGGGCGAGCACCUGGACCCUGCCAUCCGCACCCAGUGCUAAGACUCCCAGGACCCGAAGUGUGGCCCCACCCACUGGAUGGAGAUGGCCUUUGCUUGUGGGGGCCCAGCCCAGUCCCCCAUCAACAUUGACCUUCACCUAGUCUAGCAGGACCCCACCCUGGGACCUUUCAUCUUCCAAGGCUACAACUCAGCACCUCCAGGCCCAUGGAUCCUGGAAAAUGAUGGCCAUACAGUGCUGCUCUGCAUGGACACUGGCCCGCAGAGCCGUCUGGGGAUUCGGGGCGCCGGGCUGCCCCUGCCUGCCUACCGCGCCCUGCAGCUGCACUUCCACUGGGGGGGCCCUGGGCGAGGAGGCGAGGAGCACAGCCUGGAUGGGCACUGGUACCUCUCACGAUCUGUGCCUCUCCAGAUGCACGUGCUCCACAUGAGCACAAGGUACCAGAGCCUGGGGGAGGCGUGAAGUCACCCUGAUGGGCUGGCCUUGCUGGCGGUGCUGUUGGUGGUGAGGGAGGAGCAAGACACUGACAAGGCCAACUUCUCUGCCCUUGUGUCAGCCCAGAAGAACGUGUCCCAGUGUGGGGUCUCGGUGAAUCCGGCAUCCGCCUUCCCGAGGGCCUCGCUGCUACAGGAUGCCUCCGGCCUCUCCCGCUACCACCGCUACUCAGGGUCGCUGACCACGCCCGGCUGCCAGCCUGCGGAUGUCUGGAUGGUCUUAGAGGACAGGGUACCCAUCUGGCGCGCGCAGGUGGCCCAGUUCCAGACUGUGCCCCAGGCCAGGCCCCCUGGCUCAAACCCUGCACCGCUCAGGGAGAAUUUCCGCCCACAGCAGCCUCUCCAGGGGUGCAGGGUGUUGGCCUCUCCCAGCACCUCCAUCAGCAAGGCAGCCUCGGCCCCCGCCCCACCCCUAGCCAGUGUGCACCGGGCUCUGCUGGGCCUGGGGCUCAGCUUGUGGCUCUGGCAGAGCCCCUAG